AUGGAAGCCCCCGGCGGCCCGGCAUUGACGUUUAGGGCCCUUCAUCCUACGUUUGGCGCAGAAUGCUACGGAAUCGAUUUCUCGCAGCCGGUCCCCGAAGAAACAAUCAGCGAUAUCCGCGCUGCUAUGGCGCGGUACGGUGUCCUAGUCUUCCGACGAACCCAGCUCGACGACGCCGGCCAUAUUACAUUUGCGCGGCAAUUUGGCGAACUCGAUACUUCAACCGUCAUAACCAUGCCUUGGGCCAAGCAUCGAUUGGCGCCUCAUAAGGAGCUCACCGACGUGGGAAACAUUGACAAUAAGGGCCGCCUCAUCCCCAAGCAUAGCAUGGCAUUCCAAGGCGGCCGGGCCAACGGCCUCUUUCAUGUCGACUGCUCAUUUCACGCACGACGGGCUGGAUACUCGAUUCUCCGGGCCCACCAGCUCCCGCCCAAGGGGACCGGAGGCGGGACGAUGUUUGCCGACACGAGAACUGCCUACGACGACCUCGAAGACUUGAUAAAGAAAGAUAUGGAUGGAUACGUACUAUGCCACUCAAGUAUGCAUAGCAAAAAGAUUGCAGCGCCCGACUAUACUCCCUUCGAUAUCAUCAAGGCCGACGAGUUCUCCAUGAUCCGGCAGAGCGAGCCGGUCAUUAAACGUCUGCUCCAGCACGCAAGCCAGGAUAAAUAUACCUUUACCGUUGAUUGGGAAGAUGCCGGGGAUCUCGUGAUUUGGGACAAUACAUGUGUCAUGCACAGGGCCUGUGGUGGAUCUUUCCAAGGUCAGUAUAUUCGCGAUAUGAGAAGAGCAACCGUCUACGACGACUCCUCGAGCGCUUGGGGAUUAGACGCUCUGCCGCGCACUGUCUAUUGGCCUUAG